GCCUACGGCCCCCGGAGCGCUCCACUCGCCGCCGCGGGAGAGCCCGGUGCCCUCUCGCCGCCCCGCUCAGAGGCUCAGAUGGCUCAGGCGAAGAUCAACGCCAAGGCCAACGAGGGGCGCUUCUGCCGCUCCUCCUCCAUGGCCGACCGCUCCAGUCGCCUGCUGGAGAGCCUGGACCAGCUGGAGCUCAGGGUUGAAGCUUUGAGAGAAGCAGCAACUGCUGUUGAGCAAGAGAAGGAAAUCCUCCUGGAAAUGAUCCACAGCAUCCAAAACAGCCAGGACAUGAGGCAGAUCAGUGACGGAGAAAGAGAAGAAUUAAAUCUGACUGCAAAUCGUUUAAUGGGACGAACUCUCACCGUUGAAGUUUCAGUAGAAACGAUUAGAAACCCCCAGCAGCAAGAAUCCCUAAAGCAUGCCACGAGGAUAAUUGAUGAUGUGGUCAAUAAGUUUCUGGAUGAUUUGGGAAAUGCUAAGAGUCAUUUAAUGUCUCUCUAUAGUGCAUGUUCAUCUGAGUUGCCACCUGGGCCAGUUGAUCAGAAGUUUCAGUCCAUAGUAAUUGGUUGUGCUCUUGAAGAUCAAAAGAAAAUUAAGAGAAGAUUAGAGACUCUGCUUAGAAAUAUUGAAAACUCUGACAAGGCUAUCAAGCUAUUAGAGCAUUCUAAAGGAGCCAGUUCUAAAACUCUGCAACAGAAUGCUGAAAGCACAUUUAAUUAGUCUUCAAACCUAAGAGCACUUACAAAUAAUGAUGUAAAAAUGAUAAAAUACUAUUUUAAAUAACUAGUUCUUUAUGUUAGGCAUAACCACUUAUUUGAUAACAGUUUCAGAUGAGGAAAAUAUUCAUGUUGUCAGUUUUAUGAAUAACAAAACUAGAAAUAUUUUAAUUACUAGAUUGAAUUCUUGUCAUGUACUAGGAUCUAGCACAUUAUAUAUAUAUAUAUUUUACUAUACUGUGGAUGAAUACAUAGUAUGUGGGGAAAAGUAUAAGUGCUCAGCUAGGGGCAAAAGCAUCAGUGCUCUUUCCUGGGCUUUCUCUGGCGUGGAAACAUGGGCAACUGGGGCAUUUAGUUGACUAGAAAUUCUUUAAUCUUAAGCAGCACACAAUACACACAUAGUGUUAACAAAGCACUGUGCUUAGCGAGGUAAGAGAAUCACAAAACAAGAACCUUUCCUGAUGUCCUCUCAUUUAGCAAUUUUUUAGGCACCUGGAUCAAAUGAUUUUGAACUUAAAGAUUUAUGCAUCUCAUAAUAUGAAUGUAUUUUUAAAUACAUGAAAACAUGACAUAAAAUGUGAGAAAAUCACCUACAAUUUUACCACUGCGAAUGAUUGUAUAUCCACUUUAUCUUUUCUCAAAUGCACCAUUUCUCUAAAAUUUUAAUGUUGUAACUUGCCUUUUGUUUUUUAAAGGUAAACACUGCUAUAAAAAGUCUGCUUAACUUUCAACUUAAAAAGCUCUAUUUUGUGUAGUUGUACCAUAACUUACUUAUCCAUUCCUCUUUUACUGGACACAAGCUGUUUCCAACUUGUUGCUAUUACUGCAAUAUAUUUAUGUACAUAGAGCUUUUCCUUUCUUUUGUUUUUGAUUUUCUUUGUAUAAAUUACCAGGUCAAAGGGUAUAGACAUUUUCAUGGUCUGUCACAUCAAUUUAUGCUGUCUUCAGUAAUUACAAUGUAGCUAUUCCACUGAAAUCUUUCCAGCAUUGAGCAUCACAUCUUCUCUAACAUUAGAUAUAAAACACCUUAAUUUAGUUUGCAUUUUGUUUACUAACAAGGUGGGGAUUUUUUUUUUUUUUCCUUUUUGGUGGCUGGCCUGUAUGGGGAUCCAAACCCUUUGACCUUGGUGUUAUAACACAGUGCUCUAACCAACUGAGCCAACUGGCCAGCCCUGUUUACUAACUAGGUUGACCAAUGUAUUGAUUCUUUAUCUGUGAUAAAUGAAGCAACUAUAGAACAAUUAUUUGCUCAAAGAAACUAGUGCUAUUGAUAUACAAAACCCUCGACCACUUUUUUAAAUACUGCUUUGAAAUGAAUACAUCAAACCAUUUAUAUGUACAUCUCUCAAUGCAAACAAUUUUGAGCUUCAUUUUCUGUACAAAAAUGCCAAGUCUCUAUAAAAAGUGAUUACAAUCUGA